AUGUCAAGGUCGGGCCAGCACGGGGAGCCGCCGACAGUGACGGCGGUGGUACGAGGACAGGGGGAGCUGAUCGGGCUGCUGAAAUCGGGCGAAUGCGACAUGGACGAGUGGAUGGAGGACGGGAGGACAGGGCUGCAUGUAGCGGGGAUGCUGGGGAGGGCGGGGAGCGUGAGGGAGCUGAUACAGGCAGGUGCAGAGGUAGGAGCGAAGGACGAUGAAGGGAAGACGAUGAUGCACUGGGCGGGGGAGUAUGGGCAUGUGGAGGUGCUGAAGACGGUAGAGGAAGAAUGCGGGAAAGAGACUCUGAGGACCUUGAUGAUGGAGAGGAGCAAUGACGGCAAGACAUGCGCGCACUAUGCGAGUGCAGGUGGGCACUUGGAAGUGCUGCGGUAUGCUGUAGAGACAUGCGGGGAGGAGCUGCUGAGGGAGAAAGACAAUGGCGGCAGGACAUGCGCGCACUUGGCGAGUCUCAGAGGACACUUGGAGGUAGUGCGGUAUGUUGUAGAGACAUGCGGGGAGGAGCUGCUGAGGGAGAAGGCCAAUGACGGCUACACAUGCGCGCACUAUGCGAGUCUCAGAGGGCACUUGGUGGUAGUGCGGUAUGUUGCAAAAAUAUGCGGGGAGGAGCUGCUGAGGGAGAAGGACAAUGAUUACGCGACAUGCGCACACUUGGCGAGUGAGGGAGGGCACUUGGAGGUGUUGUGGUAUGCUGUAGAGACAUGCGGGGAGGAGCUGCUGAGGGAGAAGGACAAGCACGGCAGGACAUGCGCGCACUUGGCGUGCAUGGGAGGGCACUUGGAGGUGCUGUGGUAUGCUGCAAAAAACAUGCGGGGAGGAGCUGCUGAGGGAGAAGGACGAGUACGGCAAGACAUGCGCGCACUAUGCGAGUCAGAGAGGGCACUUGGAGGUGCUGCGGUAUGCUGUAGAGACAUGCGGGGAGGAGCUGCUGAGGGAGAAGGACAAUGA